CUUGUGGAUUUGGGCAUACUAUCUCAUGCACACCUUUCCUUAGGUAGAGAUAACCGUCAUUCCUGUCAUUUUAAAUUGUUUUAUUUUAGAUCAUUCAGGUCAAUUGUGAUAUUUUUUUAUUAUUGUAAACAGCAUCACUGAGAAUAUCUUUGAACUUUUGGGGGGUAGGGGAUUAUUUUCUUGAGGUGGACUUUCCAGACUACAACUAUCAGAUUACCAGAUUAAAGGCUGUGAAUUCCUUUUUAGUUUUUGUCAUUAUCACCAGGUUGGUCUCCAGAGAAAUGUCAUCCCUUGAAAGUACCCCAGCAGUGUGUGUACAUGUGCUUAUAUCCCCCGAGGUCUCUAUUUGCUGUGGUUUUUUUCUUCGAGCUAGAUUCGGUGCCGAGUAAGGACUGGGGGCUCAUCCCUGAGGGCUGAUGGAAAUAUUUCAGGGCCCUGGAAAGUCCCUGGGACUCCCCACAUCAUGCCUAGCAGUGGAUGAUGCCAGAAUUUUGCACCUUAAUAUAAAUAACCAACAAAAGAAUAGGUGAGGGGGGAAUACUUGUAGACGGGAAGAUGAAGAGAAUCUCAAGUUAUCUAAAUUCAGAUUGUGUCUCAGGGUUGUGUCUCAGGCCAGGUUGUGUCUCAGGGUUGUGUUCAGGGUUGUGUCUCAGGCCAGCUCUGAAAUUGGGGAAGUGCUUUGUCAAGAAUCGUGGCAGAACCUGCAUUGCCUGAAGGUGUAGAGGGAGGAGGAUAUCCGAGCAGGGUGGCAUGAUGGGAAGAGCAUUCACUUGGGCCGGCCAGACCUGGGCUCUCCUUCCAAAUGCUGAGGUCUGCAUGGCCUUGGUCUUGUUUCAUAAUCUCGCUAAGCUUUAAUUUCCCCCGUCUAUAACAAGGAGGUGAACAGCAUCCAUUUUGCGGGGUUGUGGGGUAGGUUACAUGAGCUGGAAAGGGUAAAAGGAGCUUGCAAGGUGCCUGACACACAGGCACUCAAGAAUGCUCUUCUCCUCCUGAAUGAAUGGGCACAGGGUGACCAGAUGACUGAGAAACCAACACAGAGCCUGGAGCGAUUUGAGCACCGAGCUGGCAUGAGCCACCGACCCACAGUGGCAUUUAUCAAAGUGCUCUGGACAGUGCCUGUUGCCUGGUUGUGCGUAGGAAGUGAAGAGGGUAAAGACCUUGUAUAAGCUAAUUGGAGGCAGGCACCCAUGCCUUAAGGAGCACUUCCCCAGCCACUCAGACCCUGCAGUCUUUUAAAGAGAUAGGUACUCUGGCCUGAGAAGGAGGAGGCACUCCAGAGGAGCUCACAGCACUCCUGGCAUAGGAACUGCUUGGCACGGCUCUGCCUGCCAGUCACUUGACUUUGCUGUGUCUUCAUUUCCUCCCCUGCUGAGGAAGGCUGAUUCAAUAUGCCUCCUCUAACCACCAUAGCACUAUAUUUAGUGUUUCAGUACAAUUGUGGCAAAUGAGACCACAAGCUCAGAUUCUAGCCCCCACACUUCCACUUAAUAGCCUUGUGACUUCAGAGCUUCUCAAAGGCAGUCUGCCUCAGUGUCCACAGCUGUGAACUGGGGACUAGCUCCCUCCCUAAGUGGCCGCAGGAUACAACUAGCGCAGUUCCUAUGUGGUUUCCCCCAUGCCGAGGGCUAUGCCGUGUGCCUCACCUGCCAGCUCGUUUGCUUUUGGAAGAAGGUCCCUUGGAAUUCAGAGUUGUCCUUUAUGGAAGGCAUCCUGACUGCGGUUGCGAAUGCAGAUAGAAUCCAUUGAUAAAAUAGAGCCCAGCUAAUGAUUGGCCAAGUUCCUGCCCUCAGAGGUGGGGGCUGAAAGAGAGUGUAUACUGUCAAAUGAGAAGGUCAGGUGCUAGCCUAAGCCCGGGUGAGUUUAUACAACCGUGGCAGGCCACAGGUGACGGUGGUGCUCAAAGUCUGUUGGGAGGGGAUUGGUCCCCUAAAAACCGUAUUGGAAAAUUCCCGACAAGUUCUUUCUAAGGCUGGUACAGGGAGCCGCACCGGGUGUUGGUGGCUGGCUCAGCCAUUCCUGAGGCAUCUGGGCUGACGUUUUCAACGCAGGAUAUUGAUGUUAGAGAAGACACGGUUCAAUGUGUAGACCUUCUCCCUCUCCAGCAUCUCCACCCUCCAAUUCCAGGACAUCAUUAGGACAGGUGAAAACAAAAGCCUGUCUCAGCGGCCAGAACUCUGCCAACAGCAUCUCAAAGCCAUUCAAAACGCCCAAAGACAAUCUACUUACCUCCAGCAGCAAACAGCACACGGUCUUUUCUGCGAAGGGAUCAAGGGACAAAGCAUGCGUUCCGGUUCCUGUAGUCAGUUUAGAGAAAAUCCCUAAUCUAGUGAAGGCAGAUGGUGCCAAUGUCAAAAUGAACUCAACAACCACUACUGCGGUCACCUCCUGCUCCACCUCGUCCUCUGCCGUCUCCACCCCACCUUUAAUUAAGCCAGUCUUGAUGUCUAAGUCAGUGCCACCCUCCCCAGAGAAGAUCUUAAAUGGCAAAGGAAUUUUGCCCGCCACAAUAGACAAGAAACACCAAAAUGGCACCAAAAACAACAACAAGCCUUACAGGAGACUUUCAGAGAGAGAAUUUGACCCAAAUAAACACUGUGGAGUAUUGGAUCCCGAGACAAAGAAACCUUGCACAAGAUCCCUCACCUGCAAGACACAUUCGCUAAGCCAUCGGAGGGCAGUCCCAGGCCGGAAAAAGCAAUUUGACCUCCUUCUGGCAGAACACAAAGCCAAGUCCCGCGAAAAAGAAGUUAAAGAUAAAGAGCAUCUCCUGACUUCGGUGAGGGAAGUACUUCCAAACCAACCGGGGCCAGCGCAGGACUCUCUGCCAGGACCUUCGGGGAGCUCUGGGCCAGAACCGAAAGUCGCAUCCCCUGCAAAAUCCAGGCCGCCUAACUCUGUGCUUCCUAGACCAUCAUCUGCAAAUAGCAUCAGUAGCAACACAUCUUCAAAUCACAGUGGCUGCACUCCGGAACCCCCGCUACCCCCAGCUGGAGGUGACCUCACCAGCCGACUGUCAAGUGAUGAAGGGGAGAUGGACGGAGCCGACGAACCCGAGAAGUUAGACUGUCAUUUCUCUACCCACCACCCCAGACCUCUUGCGUUUUGCUCAUUCGGGAGUCGCCUCAUGGGACGAGGGUACUAUGUGUUUGAUAGAAGAUGGGAUCGUUUUCGAUUCGCACUAAACUCCAUGGUAGAAAAACACUUGAAUUCCCAGAUGUGGAAGCACAGAAACCCGAGCCACAGGGCGUCAGGUCCCUCCCCCCUUUUCAGGACUUGCCUAACCAAUCUGCUGUCACUGAGCAACAUUGGGGCUGCCUGGGUGUCAACUCUGGAAAGCGUAGCACCCCGCUGCCCUCUCAACCUCGCUGCCCAAACCCCAGGCCCCGACGGGCCCGAACCUGGAGGGAUGGCAGCCGAUGGGGGCAUGGAAGACAUUAGGAAGAAAAGGAACGGCCAAGACUCUUUUUUCUUUAACAAGCAUUUAACUCUGCAUCAGGAGACGCCAACACAGUAUUCUCUUUCAGCCAGGAAGAUCCCUCCUGCGGCAGAUAGCCCCAUGCCCUCGCCAGCAGCCCACACCUCCACCCCCGUUCCAGCAUCCGUUUUACAGCCUUUCAGCAACCCCAGUGCUGUGUAUCUUCCUUCAGCCCCCAUCAGCUCGAGACUCACCUCUUCUUACAUAAUGACAUCAGCCAUGCUCUCAAACGCAGCUUUUGUGGCGUCGCCGGACCCGAGCGCCCUCAUGUCACACACCACAGCUUUCCCCCAUGUGGCUGCAACCCUCAGCAUCAUGGACUCAACCUUCAAGGCCCCAUCCGCCGUGUCCCCGAUACCAGCCGCCAUCCCUUCCCCAUCCCACAAGCCAUCCAAAACCAAAACCAGCAAAUCCUCAAAAGUCAAAGACCUGUCCGCCCGUAGCGACGAGUCUCCAAGUAACAAAAAGAGGAAGCCGCAGCCUUCGACUUCCUCCUCCUCCUCCUCAUUAUCCUUGCAGACAUCCCUCUCGUCUCCAUUAUCAGGGCCCCACAAAAAGAACUGUGUUUUGAAUGCCAGUUCAGCUUUGAACUCCUAUCAGGCGGCCCCUCCCUAUAACAGUCUGUCUGUGCACAACUCCAACAAUGGGGUGAGCCCACUCAGUGCCAAACUGGAGCCCUCAGGACGGACCUCGCUGCCCAGUGGCCCCGCGGACAUAGUGAGACACGUGGGCUCGGUGGGCGGCAGCAGUGACUCCUGUCCCCUCUCUGUGCCCUCCCUUGCAGGGGACCUCUCUCUGGCCUCACACAAUGCCGUGUCUUCGCUGCCCCUCUCUUUUGACAAAUCAGAAGGAAAAAAGCGUAAGAACUCGAGUUCUAGUAGCAAAGCCUGUAAAAUCACUAAAAUGCCUGGUAUGAAUAGCGUUCACAAAAAGAACCCACCCGGCCUUCUCGCACCGGUGCCCGAUCCCGUUAACAGCACCUCCUCUCGGCAGGUUGGGAAAAAUAGCAGCCUACCUUUGUCACAGUCCAGUCCUUCAAGCAUAUCCAGCCCAGGACACAGCCGACAGAAGACCACCAACAGAACGGGCAGGAUCAGGACUCUUCCGUAACAAGACUGUGAAGCCACUUCCAAACCAAUGCCUGGCCACCCGGGGCUGAGGCGGGAGGAGGAGGGAGGGGUGUGCGCAGCUGGGGAGAGAGUCUGUUUCCUGUGCCAGCGGGUGGCUCUGGCCUUUCUUCUUCCUUUUUUAAUUGACCGGUUUUUAGUUCCGAAGAGAAAGCAAAAGGCAAAAGAACGUGAAUUUAAGAUUCACAGAAAACAGUACCAGUGUUUUGUUUCGGUUCCUUCAUUUGCCACGUGUACGCGUUCUUCCAAGUUCGGGGUCGGCCCUCUAUAGCUUCCGAUGCUGCUACCGCACCAUCCUUUUGCUCCAGCCAGGAGAGCAGACGCUGCAAGUGUCAGUUCCUGGUUGGCGUUGUCUGAAACUCUUGAACUUGAGCACACGCCGUGCUCCUUCCCUCGACCUCUCCCACCUGUCCCUUCCAUCCCCUCCCACCUGCCGCUCACGGGGUCCCCACUGGCCUUCGGGAAGGGGCUGGCUCUCAGGAGCUCCCCUCUGGACAGGGUGCUGGGGGAGGGGCUUUGCUGGGAAACAGCCUGUGUCUCUGCCGAGAGCGGAGAGCUGCGGGGUCGGGCUGAGCGCCCCCAGCAGGUUGCUGCGCUGCACCAGCACCGUAGGAGCCCAACGCUGUGGGCAAGUUGGAGAAAAGUGGCCACUGAACUAUGUCGUUUACCCAAUACCACUGUCCAGCUGUGCAGCUCAGAGAGGAUAUACUGGGUCAGGAACAGGGGCUGGAAUGGGCCUGGAAGGUGACAGGAAGCAGAGCAUAUGGGUAGGGGAAGAUAUCCCUCAAAAGACCGAGGAAACUGGGUGACUGAUCAUCGGAGCUUGUUAGGAAUCCACGCUGCCAAAUCCCUUCCCGGUUGCCGUGCACAAGGGCCCCAAAGCUGGGUGAGCCAGAGAAGGAGGAAUCCCAGGGAAAGGGGCACGAGACCCCAGUGCCCACAGCGAUGGAAGUUCCUAAGCUGCCCUCCGGGGCCAGGCAAGAGGAGAAAACGCAAGGGUGGGGGUGCAGGAAGGGUCUGAGGGAAAGCCGUGGAGGGUUAAAUAUCCAACGCCUGGUGAGAAUAAAUACUAGCACUGCCCGCGCCCCUCCAUUCCCUGGGCCCCAGGGUCCCGUGCAAUCAGCAUUCCCAUAGAUCAGCUUAUACUAGGUUAUCACAAGCCCCGACUCACAGCACCCCCACCCCCAGAAAGGCAUAGUAAGCCCAGCCACCGCCUAAUGAGGAAGAGCCAUUUGGAAGAGAGGGAAGAAAGAAGCCAGAGCCCUGCAGCUACAAAACUGUUCACACUGGAGUUUUGAAAGAAGUAGCAAUACGAUUAGCUCUAAGAGGGAAUCAUAAUCAGGAAUUCACAAUAUGACAUAGGCAUCCUGCGCUAUUAAUCAUGAAACUUUGCGGACGAGAUAAUAGCAAGAGAUCCUAGGAAGUUUUGCUUCAUCCCUAAAUCAGAAAUGAAUGCCAGUUUUACAGCUGGACCCAAACCCUCAUCCCCGCCCUCAAGUUUCCCUUUUCUUCCCCAUUCCCUCAACCCAAAGAUCAGACUACUGUUAAGUUUCACCACAUUAGAUUUUGGGAAGACGGGAAGCAAACGGAGUGAUUUGUAUCAAUGGAAUUGCACUGACAGUGUUUCUUAUAGGAUUCCUAAAAUUUUUAAUAUAAAAUGAAGAUUUUUUUAAAAAUCAGGAGUUGAUAUUAGGUACCAGGACAUUAGUUCAGACGAUUUCAUUUUUAUUUCUACAGUGUUAAAAGUGCACUUAUAUGCUGGUUUAUUUACGUCUUGGGAAAAAGAGACUGCAAAUUGAAGGGAAGAUGGUUACUCUUUCUUUUUUAAAAAAAAAAAAGUUAAGGCAGAUUUUAAGACUUAUAAAUGUUUAAGAAAUUAUAAACAGGUUAGACCCUUUGGAAAAAAGUUUAGAAGAUAUUCUUAAAGUAAAUUUUUAUAGUGUUAAUUUUGUAAUAAUUUAUGUUUUACUAUAUUACAGAGCUAACUGACCAGAAUAGUUUCAGAAACAAUAUGAAACGUAGGAAAGUUUAAGCAAUGUUUAUAUUUUUAAAAUGUUCUUUGAAUUAUGUUUUUAUUGUACAUUUAUUCCAACUGAAAAGUAUGUACAUAUCUUUGUUAUUUUUGCACAACUUUUGUCUUGUUCAGUUUUAAGAAGUCUGUCGGGUUUUUUUGUUUUGUUUAUAAUUUAUUUUAAGUUGUAAAAACUUGCAGGAGUAACAAAAAACAAAAAAAAAAUCUCAGCAACAAAAUAACCCUCUGAGUUAUAAACUCUUACACUCGAAGAGGGAAAACAAAGGUUGAGAGAUUAAGUGGCUGCUUCUGAGAAAUAAUGUCUCAACAGGGACUAAAGGAGCAAUUCAAUAGGUUUCGAUGUGUGAGCUGUCUCCAUCUGGAAUUGCAAGCUGGAAUAAAGAGGCCCCCCACCAAUGCUGCUUACUUGGUGAAAGACUGGCUCUGACCAAGGUGAGGACAUUGCUGGAAAACUGAGCAAAAAAGGGAAAACCCACGGUGUUUCUUCCUUCACAAUCAACCACAGGUUUACUUUAUAACGAUGUAUUAAAAACUCACAGCUUGAAAAGUGGAAUGCAAAUAAAAGGUUUUCUUUGGGUUUGUUUUAA